GCUGCAAAUCCUGGUUGUGUAUUAGAAGAUUUUGUAAGAUGGCACUCCCCCCCUGAUUGGAUGGAAGCUGAGGCAAGCAAUGAAGCUAAAGAAACCAUUGAAGGCGGGGAUUUAUCGUGUGCAAGAGGUCAACUAAGUAGGCGAAUGCAGAAAGAAGGUAAUUUAUGGCGUGAACUGUGGGAAACAGCAAAACCAGUUCCAGCUGUCAGACAAACUCCCCUCUUUGAUGAGGAUUUGGCUGUGUAA